GACAUAGCCGUGUGGAUUGGUUGAAGCGGCGCCUCAAGGCAUCAACCCGGAAAUUCGCGAAGUUGUUCUCUCGUGUAAAGUCUAACUGUAAAGUCAGUCGCGUCCAUGUCUGUGACAUCGUUUUUCUCGUCUUUCUUCAACACUGUGCACUGUGACGCACCGGAGGAGAAGCAGCCAGAAAACGAAAUGAAGGAGGAGGAAGUUGCUGAGGUGGGGGAACCAUCGAAAGGGUCUGAGGAAGAAGAGGAAGUGGAAGCUGAGGACGUUCACCCUAUCAUUAUAGAGGAGUGCAAAAACUCAGCAGCAUGCGCUUCUCUAACGAGACAUUUCGAACACUGUCAAGAGAAGGUGCAAUCUGGACAAGGCUUUAAAGGCGAGGACUGUGUGGAGGAACUCAUGAUGCACUGUGCCGACGCGUGUGCUGCACCAAAAUUGUUUUCCAAGCUCAAGUAGACGCUAGAGUUAAUACUGCAUUACAAUACAUGCUAUCGUUCUUAAGGAGCAAUACCAUUUAUCUCUCCUGUCACCUAUAUGCUACUGAGGAUCAUAUUGAUCGGCAAAUGCGCCGAUAUCAUUAUUUCUCGACGCCAUUCCCAUUGCGCUAUUCUCCCGUCUGAACUGCGCACUGCUAUGCGGCCUUGGCUCCAUUUAUCCAAUUUGAGACUGUUGGCCUGUGAGUAUGACCGACGUGGUUAGAAAGUCUGAGAUUCGUGGAGUCCAGGAACUCGAGCCCGCCGGACAGUUUGGGGAUCGCCUGCCCCCAGAUAGGGAAUCCCGCU